AUGUCUCUCCUACACAAGUGCCUGCUGGUGACGCUUUCUGUUCUUUGCGCGGGAUGUGGCAUAUGCAACGGCUACAUGGAGCGGGCACCCACAGAAAUCAAGAACGGCAAAUGCGUCUAUCACAACAGGACCCUCGGGCACCACGAAAGUAUUCAGUUUGAAAAUCCUUGCCAAGCUUGGUUCUGCAAUGCCGAGACACAUAAAGUGUAUAUCGGAGGGUGUACCCCCAAUCCUCCGAUUGAGGAAUGCGUAGAAGUCCAAGGCAACGGAACUUACCCGGACUGCUGCCCUCGUCUAGUUUGCGAAGGCCAAAGAGCACGAUGAAUUUUCUGUAAGCAUUCCGUACUUCGCAGCAACCAAAAGCAAUAAAAAUAUUCCAUAUGUGCAC